GCGGCCUCCCGCCGUGCGCCCCUGUCGUCGACCCCUACAAAUACCGCUCCCAAUCAAAUCCCUAAAUCUCACAAGUCAUCGAGCAAUCUGUGACUUUCUCUCCCUCUCUGCCUUCCCUCUCGUGCUCGCCGCCGCCUCCCCUCGCCGAUCCGGGGGAGACGAAGCCCUCUCGCUCUCGAGGGAUCCCCGUCUCUGCUCGCCAAUCCGCUCGUUCUUGUGCUAAUUUUUGCCCGAUCGAUCCAUCGAUCCGCGUUUACUUCUGCAGUUCCGCGCCGCCUUUUCUUGUUGCGAUUACUGUUAUUUGUUUGCCUGUUCUUUUUCUUCUGUUCUAACCAUGGAUGCAGGCUCCCGCUCGAUCUCUUCCGGCAAGAGCCGCGCCGCCGUGCAGCGGCCGCCGCUCCAGGAGGCCGGAUCCCGCCCCUACAUGCCGCCGCUGAGCACGCGCAACCCGUCGGCCAAGUGCUACGGGGACAGGUUCAUCCCGGAUCGGUCGGCGAUGGACAUGGACGUGGCUCACUACCUGCUCACGGAGGGCAAGAAGGACAAGGAGAACGCAGUGGCAUCCCCCUCCAAGGAGGCCUACCGGAGGCUUCUGGCCGAGAAGCUGCUCAACAACCGGACACGGAUCCUCGCCUUCAGGAACAAGCCGCCGGAGCCAGAGAACGUAUUUGCUGCCGACACGGUUUCUUCUCACCAGGCCAAGCCGGCCAAGCAGAGGCGCUACAUUCCCCAGUCUGCCGAGAGGACUCUGGAUGCACCGGACCUCGUCGACGACUACUACCUCAACCUAAUGGACUGGGGGAGCAGCAACGUGCUGUCCAUUGCGCUGGGCGACACCAUGUACCUGUGGGACGCCUCCAGUGGAUCCACAUCUGAGCUCGUGACAGUCGAGGAGGACAACGGCCCCAUCACCAGCGUCAGCUGGGCUCCUGAUGGCCGGCAUCUUGCUAUUGGGCUCAACUCGUCUGACAUCCAGCUCUGGGACACCAGCUCCAGCCGCCUGUUGAGAACUCUGAAAGGUGUGCACGAGUCAAGGGUCGGUUCGCUGGCAUGGAACAACAACAUCCUGACGACCGGUGGCAUGGACGGCGGGAUCGUGAACAACGACGUGAGGAUCAGGGACCAUGCCGUGCAGACGUACCAGGGGCACAACCAGGAGGUGUGCGGGCUCAAGUGGUCUGGCUCAGGGCAGCAACUGGCGAGCGGUGGCAACGACAACCUUUUGCACAUUUGGGACGUGUCGAUGGCAUCCUCCAUGCCGUCUGCAGGCCGCAACCAGUGGCUGCACAGGCUCGAGGACCACAUGGCCGCUGUGAAGGCGCUGGCAUGGUGCCCAUUCCAGAGCAACCUGCUGGCAACUGGCGGUGGCGGCAGCGACCGAUGCAUCAAGUUCUGGAACACGCACACCGGCGCAUGCCUGAACUCUGUUGAUACCGGGUCGCAGGUGUGCUCUCUUCUGUGGAACAAGAACGAGAGGGAGCUGCUGAGCUCACACGGGUUCACUCAGAACCAGCUGACAUUGUGGAAGUACCCUUCGAUGGUCAAGAUGGCUGAACUCACUGGCCAUACCUCCCGUGUUCUUUUCAUGGCACAGAGUCCUGAUGGUUGCACGGUAGCAUCGGCUUCUGCGGAUGAGACCCUCCGCUUCUGGAACGUGUUUGGCACUCCUGAGGUAGCCAAGCCUGCACCCAAGGAUUCCCACAGCGGCAUGUUCAACAGCAGCUUCGCCCAUAUCCGAUAAGACCAACAAUGCGAACAAUCUCUUGAAGUGGAUAAUACCUGGGUCGCCUAUGGGCUGCUGUGUCGUGUGUACAGAAAACAGACUAAAUACCUGGGUAUAUAAUACCGCUGAUGUACUGCCUAAAUGUGGAUAAGAUAAUAUAUGGAUGGAGCCGCCCAAAUUCGGCUCCCGGGGACGUAGGCACAUUGCCGAACCUCGUUAACAAAUGCAUGUGUCUUUGCUGGUUGGGUGCGAUUGCUUUA